GACCCAAAUAUCUUUGUGGUCCCUGGGAGGAUUUGUUUUUUCUGGGGCAAUAUUUGGAUCUUGAAGGACCCCAAAGCUGAGUCUCAGAUCCCCCUUUGGGGGAUAUUUAGGGGUCCUCAUGGCAAUCACCAGGUACUGGUGGGGGGAGGACAUCACUCAUGAGGACCUCUCCAGAAGAGCAGUGGAGUGGAACCUCAAGACCCCUGGAGUGGGAAAAGUUGAGAGGAGAGGGGUGAUUCCAGAGUUGGGUGAGAUCCAGCAGCCUGAAGGGGGGAGGGAAGGGCCUGGAGUGUGGGGACCCCUGAAAUCCUGGAGCAGAGAAUCAGGGGAGAAGAGACCCAUGGGACCCUCAAAAUCCCCUGGGUCAUCUGUAAGCAAGACCCCAGAGAGGGGGAACCUCAGGAGCCUCAGGACUCCCAUCAGCUCAAGGAAAAGAAACCACCAAACCCCAGAUUGGAGAGACAAGAGGGGCUGAUAUCCUAUGAGGGUUAUUUUGGGAGCUGAAUCAUAAUGCUUCGCAGAUUUUUAUGUACCCAGAACCCCUGAAGACUUCCAGAAAUAUCCUCUGCAGGAGGAACCUGCAGCCCAAGGUUCUCACCCUUUGUUUUUUCCCCAAACCAGGAUUUGUUGUUCCCAAGCCUUGGGUGGAUGGAGAAUGAAAAGCCCCAGAGAUCCCCCACAAGGAGGGGCUGCAAACCCAGCCCAGGGAGCUGCAGGGAGCAAAGAGCCCCCCUGAGCCAGGAAGGCGGCCAGAGAUCCAGGCAGAGCUCAGAGCUGGUGGAGAAGCCUCAUGGCAAGGAGAAGCCCCACGAGUGCUUGGAAUGUGGGAAGGGUUUCAAGUACAGCUCCCGUCUGAGGGAGCACCAGGUUAUCCACACAGGGGAAAAGCCCUACAAGUGUGGGGAAUGUGGGAAGGGCUUCAGAAAGAGCUACAACCUCAUCAGCCACAGCAAGAUCCACACUGGGGAAAGACCCCACACCUGCCUGGAAUGUGGGAAGACCUUUGGGCGGAGCUCCAGCCUGAGGGAGCACCAGAUGUUGCACACUGGGGAGAGGCCCUUCGAGUGUCCUGAGUGUGGGAAGAGGUUCCUGAGGCCAUCCCGUCUCCUCCUGCAUCAGCGCAUUCACACCAAGGAGAGGCCUUUCUGCUGCCCUGACUGCGGGAAGAGCUUCAAGCACAACUCCACCCUCCUGAAGUGGCGUCUCCACAGCGGGGAGAGGCCCUACGAGUGCCCCGAGUGCAGGAAGAGCUUGGUGCGCGGCUCCAGCUCCACCCCACAUGGAGGAUCCACACUGGAUGAUCCCCAUGCCCAUCCCACCGUGUCCAUCUCGCUGGUGCCCUCGGGCUCCCAGCCCAGCCCCGGCCGCCUGCUCUGCUCCGUGAUGGAUUUCUACCCUGCCCACAUCCAGCUGAGGUGGUUCCAGGGCCAGCAGGAGCUCUCUGUGCUGGCCACCGAUGUGGUUCCCAGUGGGGACUGGAGCCACCAGCUGCUGGUGCUGCUGGAAACUGCCCCCAGUAGACACAACAUGCCUGAUAACUUCCUGAGAUGGUCUUUGGUCAGGAGAAACCCCCAUCCCAAGGCACUCAGCCCUUGUUUCUCCCCCAAACCAGGAUUUGUCCCAAGCUGUGGCUGGAUGGAAGAGGAAGAAAAGCCCUGGAGAUCCUGCACGAGGAGGGGCUGCAAACCCAGCCCAGGGAGCUGCGGGGAGGAAAGAGCCCCCCUGAGCCAGGAAGGCGUCCAGAGAUCCAGCCAGAGCUCAGAGCUGGUGGAGAAGCCUCAUGGUGGGGAGAAGCUCCACAAGUGCUUGGAAUGUGGGAAGGGCUUCAGCCAGAGCUCCAACCUGAUCCGGCACCAGGUGAUCCACACUGAGGAACGGCCCUACACCUGCAAGGAAUGUGGGAAGAGCUUCAGACAGAGCUCCCACCUGACUUGGCACCAGGUGAUCCACAGCGGGGAAAAGCCCUAUGAGUGCUUGGAAUGUGGGAAGAGCUUCAGGUGGAACUCUGACCUCAACAAGCACCACAAGAUCCACACUGGGGAGCAGCCCUAUGAAUGUAGGGAAUGUGGGAAAAGCUUCAGCCAGAGCUCCAGACUGGUUCAGCACCAGACAAUCCACCCUGGGGAACGGCCCUAUGAGUGCUUGGAAUGUGGGAAGCGUUUCAAUCGCAACUCCCACCUCAUCAGGCACCUGCGCUGCCACACUGGGGAGCGGCCCUACAAGUGCUCGGAGUGUGGGAAGAGCUUUAGGCGCAGCUCCAGCCUGAACGUCCACCGGCGCAUCCACACCGGGGAGAAGCCCUAUGAGUGUCCUGAGUGUGGGAAGAGGUUUCGGAGCACCACAAAACUCCUCCAACAUCAGCCAACACACACAGAGGAGAGGCCCUUCCACUGCCCUGACUGUGGGAAGGGCUUCACCCGCAACUCCCACCUUGUCAGCCAUCAGUGCAUCCACGCCAGGGAGAAGCCCUACAAGUGCUUGGAGUGUGUGAAGGGCUUCAGCACAAGCUCUGACCUGAUCCAGCACCAGAACAUCCACACUGGGGAAUGGCCCUGUAAGUGUGAGGAAUGUGGGAAGAGCUUCAACCGCAUCUCCAACCUCAACACACACCUCAAGAUCCAUACUGGGGAACAGCCUUACAAAUGUGGGGAAUGUGGGAAGAACUUCAGGCGGAGCUCCCACCUCAUCAGCCACCAGAAGAUCCACACUGGCAAACAUGAAUGGCCAUAUGAGUGCUCAGAAUGUGGGAAGAGCUUCAGCACAAGCUCUGACCUCAUUAAGCACCAGAUGAUCCACACUGGGGAGCGACCCUAUGAAUGUGGGGAGUGUGGGAAGAGCUUCAGCCAGAGCUCCAACCUCAUUCGCCACCAAACAACCCACACCAGGGAACGGCCCUACAGGUGCUUGGAAUGUGGGAAGGGCUUCAACCGCAGCUUCCACCUCAUCAGGCACCAGCGCAUCCACACCAGGCAGAGGCCCUGAGUUUGGGAAGAGCUUCUCACAGAGCUCUCACUUGACCCAACACCAACGGAGGCACCACUAAGGGGAGCCCUGUGAGUGCCCCGAGUGCAGGAAGAGCUUCAUGUGCUGCUCCAGCUCCAUCCCCCAUGGGAGGAUCCGCGUUGGAUGAUCCCCAGUGACCCCUGUUGGGCAGAGCCCUGGUGACCCCAUUCCGGGUGAUCCCUGUUGGGUGAGGUGAAGGUGUUGGAGAAAUAUCUUUCCCUUCUUCUUGUACUGCCGUGAUUUGGUUGGUAACAAAUUCCCUCCCUGUGCCCAGGCUGGGUCUCUGAUGCCCAUGCCACUUUUGAUGAGGGAUCUCUCCCAGUCUUAUCCCAGUCCAGGAACUCUUGGUUAAAUUUUCUCUCCCCUGUGCAGCUGCGGGGAGCAGGGACAGAGUGGCUUUGGCGGGUGGCUUACAUCAGGGCAGUGUCACCCAUGGACACCCCUGAGAUCCCACUGUGGUUCUGCAUUGCCCCCUCCUCAUUCCCAGGCUGCAGUGUGACCUGAGAAAUGUUUGUUUGGUCUCGUCCUUGGAAACAGUAUCUGGGUUUUGCUCUUUCCAAGCUUAUCAGAAAUGAUGUCUGCUCCCAGGAAUUGCUAAAAGGCUCCUGUUUUCCUUAUGGCCAUCCUUGGAAAAUAUUCCUCUUGCCUAAAUGGCACAACAUUCCUUUCUCACACUUUUAGAGGCAGUGCCAAGCCAAACUGUGGCUGGGAUGAAACAUCGUUGUGACUGAAGCCCACUCUCUUCUGACCCUAUCAUAGUGAUCCAAAAGGAGACCUUUUGAGCUCUCCUGGGCCACCAUGGGCUGUGACCAGCAAUCUCCCUCUGAGGGAGCAUCUCCGAGCCAUCAAACCCUCGGGUUUGCUCUGCCUGCAGGAUCACCAAAACACGGCAUGUCCUGGGCUGAUACCCUCACUCCUCAAAGCCCCAUCCUUCACCCAGCAGGAGAUGCAAAAGCAUCUGAAGGGAGGAUUUCACCGACCUUUGAGGGGAAUUUUUCACAGGUACCUUGCUUUCACUGACUGUUUCUGUUUGUGUGCAUGCCCCUGCACAUAUGCUAUAGGAAAUCUGGGAGAAAUACUGCUUUCUUAGAUGUGUAAGUACCUUGGAUAUCUAAGUUAGCCUGUAGCAAGGUUCAGUUAUAGUUAUGAACUUACUUAAAUGCUGCCAAGUGUUGUUCUUUUGCUAAGUUGUUAAACAUAAGUUAGAAGUUAAGUGUUGUUUUUCUGUUAAGUUGCUAAGUAGAAUGUGGAAGUUACAGCUGUAAGUUAGGUUAAAUGCUAAGUGUUAUUGCUCUGUUGAAUUGCUAGCCCUAAGGUAUAAGUCAAAUUAUAAAUUAAAGUAGAAAUUAAAGUGCUGCUCAGUGUUGUUUUUAGGCUGUGUUCCUUUUAAUCCCUGCCUGCACUGUCUUUUCUACCAUGCACCUAACACAACACACACCCACUCACUCUCUUAAGAGAGUUCUCAGUGCAUUUCUGGUUUGGUUGUCUGGAUUUUGUUUGGCUUUUUUGUUGCUUGUUUUCCCUUGUUGUGCCUUAGCUGUCGUAUAGGCAGUAGAGUGAAUCUUGCCAAUGAACUUGUGCUUUGUUGCUAAACAUUAAACCUGACUUUUGCUCAUGCCCUUGCCACUGAUUUUUAAGCAAUCUCAAACACUCUCAUUCAUUACAGCCCCACAAUGUCCCACAUCACCGAGGGCCCUGACACGGGCCCGUGUCACAAAGUGCCACACCCGGCACCCAACAAGAGAGGGACAGAGUGGAAUGGGCACGGGGCAGCCCCGGCCUUGUGGCCUUGUAGCCCCUGCAGUGCCCAGAACCCUGGGAGGCUUUGGCCACUGUCACCAUUGAGUCAGGAACGGGUAAUAAGUGGCACAAACUCUGGGUCAGAAGGCUAAUAACAAUUUUAUUAGGAACCCAUUCCUUUUAAUACUCUAUUCUGACACAGGCAGACCUGAUUGGUCCUGUAAUCAACAGGUUGGUAGUAAAUUCACUCUCUGUACCCUGGCUGGGUCUGUUUUGCCUGUACCAGGGCUCAGGGCGGGACCUCUCCUUUUCCUUCUCUCAGCUCCUGGGCCUCUCCUUUGUGUUUCCUCUCCCUGUGCAGUUGCAGAGGGCAGGGACAAAGCAGUUUUUGUGGCUCCCAGCUUCCAGGCAGAGUCAGCUGAGCCCUGGGUGUUCAAAGGGGUUUGUAGAGCUCCCCUGUUUGUGGGACAUCACCAUUGAAGGAGCGUGUCCCCCCGUGCUGCAGCCCAAGCCCUCAGGCAGCGCUCAGCCCAUCAGAGAACACCCUCAGAUGUGGCCUCAUUUUUGAGCACACCUGAGCCCCUCAAAAUCUUUAUCCCCAUUUUGGCUUAACCUGAGCUCCUGGACAUCUCAGACCCCAUUUCUGAAGCUAUUUUGGGUAUGCAAGUCCUGGUUUUGUUAGCAGGGAGGGUUCAGGGCUGGGUUUUGAGAGAAGCUGCUGGAAGCUUCCUUCAUGUCCCACAGAGUCAAUCCGUGGUGCCUCCAACAAUGGAGAUGCUGUGGGGGUCGGAGGUGAGAAAGCCAUGUCAGGAAUGCCCUGGGAAAGCACCAUUGUCUGUCAGGGGAAAUUCAUUCCUUUCCCAUGGUUCAAAUGCUGUACUCCCUUUCACAUCCAGCUCAUCCUGUACCCUUGGUAUCUUUCACUAGUUACUCCUGUAAAAACUUUUCCCCUCCUAUCCCCUUUGACAUGUAGCUGUGCACAAAACCUGUAACUUUUCCCCAAAGAUGUGGCACUCGCCCUGGUGUCCUUCUGCUGGUUGUUAUCCGUCCCUGCUGUCCCUCAGCCUAUCCUCCGUGUUUUCCUAUCCCUUUUGGACCCUGCAAUAAAUCAGUUGAAAUUAUCCAGGACUCGAGCUGCCCUCCUUCUAUCUGGUGAAGAGAAACAUCUAGCCAGGGUUGCACAGAUGAAAAUCCCGACCCCAGCAGUUGGCAUCUCGGAACAGGGACUCUGGACUCUGCCUCCUUUGUCCUGGAGAGCGUCUCCUGAAAACCGAAAGUUCUGCAAGCAGCCAUAUUUGGGAAAUAAGCGCCGUUCUGAGCCAACCCUUUGAGAGUGAAGCUUUCAUUGAAGGAAGACAUCUCCCCGAGGCCGCAGCGACGACCACCAGACAUCUGUGAGUUUUCACAGCGACCUGAGACAGCAGGUUUUCCACAAGCUGACAGAUCACUGUGCUCCACCAGCUUUUUCUGAGGACUUUUCGCAGGCAGCGUGUUAUAUUUGUUCCGGUAUGGUGAGUUCCCAACAAAGUACAGCAUUGGAACCAUGGGAAAGGAAUUAAUUUCUCCUGACUUAGACAAUGGUGCUUUCCCAGGGCAUUCCUGAGAUGGCUUUCUCACCCCCAGCCCCCACAGGGGUGCAGCAUUUGGCCACUCUUAUUGCUGAGACACUGGCAGCCUGGUGGGGGUGAGUCGUGAGAACAAAGACCCCACCCCAUGGGCUGGGUCUGGGCCACUUGGGCUGUCCCCCCACCUUUGACCCCCUCCCCACCUCGGCCUGGGCCACCACUCCAGGGGACGGGUCUGGUUUCCUUGGCCUGCCCAACAAGGAGUGGCUCAGGGACAUAGGAACAGACAUAGGAACAGGGGAAGGAGCCAGUGGGGUCUAACAGCUUUUUGAGUGAAGCUUCUUGUGUCUCCUAAAAACCAGGGAAUGCUCCCCCAGGGUGUCCACACUGGCAAGUGGAGGUGACCCCACACCAGGGGAGAUUUCCAGCAGCACCAGGAGCUGGUGGGUCCAGUCCCCUUUGGGGAUCACAUUAGGGGCCAGCAUGUGCCCCAAGAGCUCCUGCUGGUGCUGGAACCACCUCAGCUGCACCUGUGCAAGGUGAAAAUCCAUCACAGAGCAGAGUAGGCAGCUGGGGCUGGCCUGGGAGCUUCAGGCAUCAGUGAGGUGGGCAUGCUGGGGGGCACUGGAAAAGAGCAGGGAGACAUGGGGGGUAUGAGGAGAAAGAGGGUGUAGGGCUGUUGUGGCACUGAGAGGAACUGGGAAUGGAAUGGGGUGGCACCAAGAGUGAGUGGAGCAGGCUGGGGAGCACUGAGAGGGCAGGGGCAGAUCUAAGUGAACUGAGAAGGAAUGAGAAUGAACUGGUAAGGGACUGGAAAUUUACUGGGAGGGAAUCCUAGGGACUGGGAGUAAACUGAGCAGAAUAGAUGGGGACUUGGAUGGUCUGGAUGAGAACUGGAAGGGACUGGACAGGGGACAGAUGGAGAGCACUGGCAGGGGCAGGGAAUGAAGUGAGAAGCGCUGGGAGUGUGAGGAUCUCUGCAUUCCCAUGGAUCUCUGUGGAGGGCCAAAAAUGAGACAUCACACCAUGAUCAAUGCGAUCAAAUGAAGCAAAUUGAUUGCUCAAAUAGGUUACAUUUAUAUCAUGUUCUACUGUUCACGUGCCCUAAACUAAUACAUGAUUGGUUAAGUCUAUCUGUGCACACGUCUCAAGCUGUCAGCUAAUUGGUUAGUUUUCUUUCUUCGUGUGCUCUGCUGUGGCUUUUAGCUCUGUCUUCAUGUCCUGCCUUACAUCCUGGACUUGUUUACUUCUGAGUAGGCUCUUCCUCUUCCAUGUCCUCAAGGCCACUGCAAACUUCUACUCAGUCUUGAUGAAGGCUGGCUUGUGCACAUGUCCAUUGUUCUGCAAGAAACCCUCAAGAGAUCUCCAGGGACUUUGGGAGGGAUCUCUGCAUCCAGCACCUCCAUCUUUGGAACCACCAGGGAAUUGCUCUACUGGACAUGGAGGAAGCUUCUAGUAGCUUCUCUCAGAACCCACCCCUGGAGCACCCCCACUACAAAAAACAGGCUGUGCAAACUCAAAACAGCUUUAAAAAUGGGCUUCCAGAUAUUCAGGAACUCAGGUGAACCCCACGAUGGGUAUGAACUUGUCCAGGGGCUCAGGUGUGCCCAGAAAUGAGGCCACAUCUGAGAGUGUUCUCUGCUUGGCUGAGCGCUGUCUGAGGGCUGGGGCUGCAGCAAGGGGGGACACCCUCCUCCAGCGGGGAUGUCCCACAAACAGGGGAGCCCCACAAGCCCCUCGGAACCCCAGAGCUGGGCUGGUCCUGCCUGGAAGCUGGGAGCCACCAAAACUGCUCUGUCCUUGCCCUCUGCAAUGGCACAGGGAGAAGAAAUACAAGGAAAGGGCCAGGAGUGCAGAGAAAGACUGGGAGAGAUCCCACCCUGAGCACCAGCAUGGCAAAACAGACCCAGCCAGGGUACAGGGAGUGAAUUUACUACCAACCAAAUCACAGCAGGACAAGGAGAAGGGAAAGAAAUCUCUCUAACACCUUCCCCCCACCCAAUGGGGAUCAUGCAGAACGAGGAUCACCAGAGCUCUUCCCAACAGGAGUCACUGGGGAUCAUCCACUGUGGAUCCUCCAGUGGGAGACUGAAGCAGCACGCUUCAACGAGUCCCAGAGAGCAACCUGGGCUUUCAAGGCCCGGGGCACACUUGCUAAAGGAGCUGGUGAAGGAGGGAAGGAAAGGUCUUUCUUUGGAGAUCCAAAAGCCCUUUACUGCCAGGAAGAGGGCCCAGCAGGGUCAAACACAAAGACCCAGCAGGGUCAAGGGUUAAAUACGGAACAAGGGGUGGAUUUGAAGGUCAAGAACCAAUGGAAGCAGGGAAAAGUAGUGCAGAGGAAGGGCAGCAAACGAGGGGAACCAAUGGGAUAAGAGGAAUGGAACACUGCAGCAAACUGGGGCCAAUGGGGAUGAGGUGAGGGAAGAACAUUCUAGGGGGAUAUAAAUAUGGUGAAAAGGGGCUGAACAGGGGUAAUGUCAACUGGAUAAACCAAUGAAAUUUAACACAUUACAUGUGUCUACAGAGGCCUGUGAGAGGGAGGGGUGUAACCUCAGAGGGGUGUUUCUCUUUGCUUGUUU